CAACAAAAAUUAAAAAAAUUAUACACACUAAUUUCUCCUUCAUCUCUCCCACCACCCACCAUCCAUAGCCACGCGCCCGAGAAAUUUGGAGACAAGCGUGGCAUAAGGCAAAGUCGUCCACUAGUUGUUCUCCCGAGGAGCAGCACUCAAUAUGUUCAGACACAUGAGAGAGGAGAGAUUUACCUUCUGUCCGCGAUGAGCAUUGACAAGGACGAACAGGUCGAGCCUCUUAAUGGUGCCAUGGUUGUGAAAGCAAGGCAGGAAGAAGUUAACCAGAAUCUAGCCCAGCAGUCGAAGCGGAUACGGAAGCGCCUGAACAUCAAAGUUCCCCUUUGUGAGCUUGAGAAGUUCGUCGUGAAAGUUGAAGUCAUGGCUUCUAAGCCAAGUGCAGAACGAACGCUGAGACCAUUGGAGGGCAGAUCAAGCAUCUCUACAAAAUCUUCAUUUUUAAACAGAGACGGUGCCCCGAAAAUACUGAGCUCAUACAGGAUUCGCCAGGACCAUCAGCACGUAGGUUGUGGUAAACUUCCGAACUACCAGCGGGAAGUACCUGGUCGAAUUGGGCUUGCGGAUGGAGAAGUAAUAUUCCAAACUGAGAUUGGUGAUCAGGGUCUUCACUUCAGCAUGGAAAGGGGAGAGGGAAAUGAACUCGUACUCGCUGAUGAUGGUGGUAUUUCUAGAGAAGGAGUAGAACUCAGCAUGCUUCGUGACACUGCUGCAAUCCAAGUUUGACAAUGUGAGUAGUGUCAUUGGUCUUCUGAGAUCAGUGUGGAUUUGGCUAGCCAUUCUAGAAACUGAAAGUGAAUGAGAGGAGAAAUGGAUGAGAAGAAAGAGGAGUUAUAGUGAGCGACUAAUAGAGGAAAGAAACGACCAGGUUGUGGAGAGAAGAUGGGACAUUAAGGAAUUAACGACAGAAGAUCGUGGGGGCGGGGGAAUGAUCUCAUUGAGGAGAUAUUGUGUCAAAAACAUCGGUUGUCAUGCGCAAUUACUAGGGGGUUAACACUUUUUGAUGGUUAAGUUACUGAGUAACGAUGAGACUUAACUGUUCCUUUCUAAUAGUACACGUGUAAUCCAUGCGAAUUAACUGUUCCUAUACACCAUUUUUAUUUAAUUUUCAGCAGCACGCCCUCAUACUUCGAUGCAAAUAAUGUGUGCCAAACAUAAAUUAAGCAUGCAAAAAACAUAAUUAAGAAUGCCAUGAAUUCUAAAAUGCAACCCACUAGACUAGUAAAGCAGACCAUUACGUAAUGAAAGCUAACCACAAGAGCACUAGCUAGGUCGCCUAGCAAUGAGGAGAUACAAAGAAUUAUCUCAAUGAUGAGCUACAAGAAUAAUCUCAAUGAUGAGAUACAAGAAUGAUCUCAAUGAUGGGAUAUUGUGUCAGAACCCGCGGUUACCAUGCGAAAUUAAAUCGCUGUUAACACUGUUAGACGGUUAAUUUACCUUACUAAUACUUAUCUAUUUAAACUAACAAUUUGAAUUUGGCCUUUAGUUGCGUUUUUUACUCGUUGGCUUAUAACGGCAGUGGGGGUAAAGGGACUAGUUAAUUCAACCUUUUUUUUCUUCUUUUAGUAUUGUCCAAUGGAUAAUUUUAUGUGGCCCAUAUUAUAUGCAUGAAGUAAAGAGAUUUAUAUCUUACUGCAAGGCCUGUACUUUAGCUGAUCGCCCGUAACUAACACAGGAAAAUAGGCAAGGGUAGCUACCGUUCUAGAGCAGUAUAGCAGGAAGCAAGGUCGUAGCCACAGAGACUUCGUGUACUAGUACUCAGCUUUUACCUAUUAUCUAGUCAAUUGUUUUUAGUUGAUUUUCAAGUAUAGGAUUUCACUCAUGCAAUAAACAAGACACAAACAAACAAUUUCAACGUAAAAUCAAGUGAAGAAGUAGUGAUCCCGGAAGUGAAUCCCCCUAAUAUGCAUUAUACAGACAAGUUGAAUUUAACAUAGACGAGUGUUCAUAUCUUAGACCGUGAAAUUCCCAAUUUAGUGUUAACCCGUUCGCACAUGUAUUAACACCCUUUCGCUUAAGAAUCAAGUGAAAUCGUGGCUUACAAGACUAUGAAACCAAAGCAUUAACCAUAUUUGUGAAUUUUUGUAUUAGGUUUUUAAUCUAAUCCAGAGGAACUAUGUGACCCCAUCGGCGGUGGCUACGAUCAAUUCCUUCUUUUCACGAGAGAUCUAACAUGCAAAAUUUACAUGAUCAGACAAAAAAUACAAUAGACGCGUACUAUUGAU